CUCCCUUUCCUAGGUAGAGUGUACUACUUUAACCACAUCACCAAUGCCAGCCAGUGGGAGCGUCCGGUGGGGUCAGGUGAUGGGAGUGGCGAGCCAGACAAGGUGCGUUGUUCCCACCUCCUGGUGAAGCAUACUAACGGCCGUCCGUCCUCCUGGAGGGAGGAGAACAUCACGCGCUCCAAAGAGGAGGCCCUCGACCUCAUACAAAAGUACAUAGAGCAGAUGCAGUCAGGAGAGGAGGAGUUUGAGGCUCUGGCCUCUCAGUUCAGUGACUGCAGCUCCGCACGCAACGGAGGAGACCUGGGACUGUUCGGCAGAGGUCAGAUGCAGAAGCCCUUUGAGGAUGCGUCCUUCGCUCUGAAGGUGGGAGACAUGAGUGGUCCGGUGUUCACCGAUUCUGGAGUUCACGUCAUCCUUCGCACGGGAUAGAGACAAGGCUCUGAUACCCCCUGAAUACCCCCCUGAAUACCCCCAUCACCCCCUGAAUACCCCCAUCACCCCUGAAUACCCCCAAACCCCUGAAUACCCCC